GUUCUGAAAGCUGAUAAAAUUAGUAAUGAUUUUGCCGAAAAGUCACGCGGGUUCGUAUCAGAAAUUGAUCGGCUUGGCGUGCGGCGCUACUUGGAUAUUCAUAAGUCCUCAUCGUUGCUGUUGAGCGCUAAAGAGCGUGCUGAAAGUUUUGAUGCCCUGUGGUCGAAAAUCAUAAAAGAGGAAGUCGCGUCUACCCAGGAGAUUAUGAAGCAGCUAGGAUCGUGGCCUUCGAGGUUGGGCUAUGAGGGAAUCCUAACGGCCCAUGCUGAGCUGGGGGAUCGUGUGUCACUGAUACAAACUCUAAAUGAGGCGUGUGAUACCCUGACUCACUGGUCUAACGUCACCGACAAGGUUAGACAGAAUCUGCCAUUCUCCAAUGUGUUCCUGGUGCAACUGUAUACCAAGCUCCACUGUGCGGAGGCGGUUCCGGGUGAGCCAUGUAUGGAGCUUUUAUCUCGACUCCCGCUGACAUUAGAACCGAUCAGCCAAUCGCGUGCAAGAGACGGGAUCAAGCGUCUUCUGGUUUUUGGUCGUGCAGAGGCCGCGUCCGAAUUAUUCAAACGCAUAGAUCCCGAAUCGGCCGAUGAUGCAUUUUUGACUUCUUUGGCUCGAUAUGCAACCGUUGGGGGUUUAGACUCAGAGGCCAUCAGUCGACUUUGGCGCCUGGCUGAUGCAUCAGGCGCGCGCUUAAACAUGCUCAGGCGCAUCAAUUCAAACGAAUUCCGUCGCCACAAUACAAAGGUGUCCGAUAUGUUCGUUCGACUACAGGAGUCAUUCUCCAAAAAGGAUGUGGAAGGGAUUUUCCAAGCUAUUGAAUCUAAGAGGACUGAAGCAUCAGCCACAAUAUACAAUCACGCGAUUCCUCAGCUACUGGCUCUUGGUUUGAAGCCAACGGAAAUCCUUGAACGGAUAAAACCGGAAUCUGUCCGUCCCGCGGCCGCUUUCGGUUGCCUUUUGGGAACCCUUGCACCACUCCCGAAAGAAGGGGAUAAAGUGCCCGUGGUGGAUCUCAAAGCUGCAGACGCUUUGCUUCAAUCAUUAAAAAAUCAAAAUUUACUUCCUUAUACCGACUUUGUAUCUAUAUCACCGUUUGUUUGUCGAAGAUUGCUUCAGUCAUCCAGUGAGAAUUCAACUGAAUCCCAAGCAGCUGCGGAAACAUUGGCGAGUAAAUUGACCGUGCUAUCUGGUGCUCUCAGUCAUAUGCAAACAAAGGCAGUAGUCACGCACAUGUUCGAGACGGCACUACGGUCCACUCAUACAAUGUCCAAUUCUUCACAUCUGUCCGAGAGUGACAAAAAUGCAUUAAAUACGCUUGUCGAUGCUUGCAUAAUUAAGGAAAAAUACGAAAAAUUGAAGUUACCAAAUUUUCCAUCUGAUAUUCUCCAGGACCGUCGAUUAUUUGACGGUCACAAUUUCGCUGCGGCUUAUUUUUUGUUACAAAUGGUUGAAGUUGUAACAGCUUGCGGUAUCACUCCUAUUGAGAUCCGUUAA